AUGAGAGUUUUGUGCGUGGCGGAGAAGCCAUCCAUAUCCAAGGCUGUUGCUGGCCAUCUAUCCGGGGGAAGCAUCCGAACACACCCUACACGCAGCCAGUACAUCAAAAACUAUGCGUUCAAUUUCGACUUUGGACAGCCGUGGGGGGAGUGCGAUGUUACCAUGACUUGUGUCAGUGGCCAUCUCACCAACGUCGAGUUUCCGGCCGAGUACAAGAAUUGGAGCCAUCCUCCUCCCGAAACUCUCUUCGGUGCCAACAUCAUAACGAGCAUCCACGAAGACAAGAAGCCGAUCGCUCAGAACAUUGAGGAGCAGUCCCGAUACUGUCAGCUUCUCGUCAUCUGGACCGAUUGCGAUCGCGAAGGAGAGCACAUCGGUCAGGAGAUUGUCAACGCAGCCAAAAAGGGCAACUCUCACAUCCAAGUGAAGCGUGCUCGGUUCAGCAACAUCGAACGAGCCCACGUGCUGUCGGCGGCCAGACGGCUCGUGAACUUGGAUCAGAACCAGAUCAAUGCCGUGUCGACGAGGAUCGAACUGGACCUGCGCAUCGGCUACGCCUUUACUCGUUUCAUCACGAACAGCCUUCGAACGCUCGGAGGGCCCUUGGCGGAGUUGACGCUGAGCUACGGAUCAUGCCAAUUCCCGACACUGGGCUUCGUCGUAGACCGCUACUUUCGCGUCAGGAAUUUCGUGCCGGAACCGUUCUGGAGCAUCAAGCUCACGCACAAGCGGGAGGGAAAGCAGGUGCAAUUCAGCUGGGCCAGAGGUCAUCUCUUCGAUCGGAUGACGGCCGUAGUCCUCUACGAACGUUGUCUCGAGGCUAAGAAGGCCAAGGUAUUGACGGUUCAGGAGAAGCCGACGCGGAACUUUAAGCCCCUGCCGCUCACGACGGUCGAGCUUCAAAAGGCGGCGACUCGGAUGCUGCGGAUGAGCGGACAGCAGGCCAUGACCGUCGCCGAGGGCCUCUACAACAAGGGUUUCAUCAGCUAUCCGAGAACGGAGACGGAUCGGUUCGACAAGGGCAUGAACCUCAAGGCCUUGGUGCAGAAGCAGACGUCGGACCAGCGCUGGGGGCCUUUUGCCCGGCGCUUGGUCGACGGCGGCUUCCAGCAGCCGAGGGAGGGCAGGCACGACGACAAAGCGCACCCUCCGAUCCACCCGAUCACCUACGCGGCGCCGUCGGUGCUGAAUCAUGACGAGGGUCGACUGUACGAGUACGUCGUGCGCCGCUUCCUGGCAUGCUGCUCCGAGGACGCCAAGGGCAUGGCGACGGAGAUCGAACUGCAGCUUGGGGACGAGAGGUUUAGCACGCGCGGCGUCAUCGUGCUCGAAAAGAACUUUCUCGACGUCUACAUAUACCAAAGCUGGAACAGCACGACGGAGCUACCCAAGUUCACGAGGGGGGAAGAGUUUGAGCCAACCGAGGCCAUGCUGUCGGAAGGGAAGACGGGGCCGCCAGGAUAUCUCACCGAGGCGGAUCUGAUUGCUCUCAUGGACGCCAACGGGAUCGGCACGGACGCGACCAUGGCCGAGCACAUCCAGAAGAUCCAGGACCGAGAGUACGUCGCGACGAUCGACCGGGCCGGCGCGACGACGGCGGGAGACGACGACGGGCCGGACGAGCAGCCCUCAUCCCGAGGCGGACGAGGACGUGGGAGAGGCGCCGGCAGGGGGGGCAGGGGCCGCGGCGGGGCCGCGUCCGGAGGGCGAGGCGGAAGCCAGAAGGUCUUCAUUCCCACCCAGCUCGGCGUCGCCCUGAUUCUGGGCUUUGAUCGGAUGAACUUUGAGACGAGCCUCAGCAAACCGUUCCUACGCAAGGAGAUGGAACUCAAGAUGAAGGCCAUAUGCGAGGGCACCACGACGAAGACGGUCGUGCUACGCGAGAGCAUCGCGCAAUACCAACGGGUGUUUUAUCAAUCGCAGGAGCAGCUGCGCGUGUUAAUCGAGGUGGUGCGAGUUGGUGGCGACGAAUGGCGGCACCACAUCGGCGGCCCUUCUGUUGGGUCGGAGCCUUUUGCAACGAGACUUUCCAUCCACCUCGAGGCUCGCACCCGACGGGCGAAGCGCCGAGUCCUGGCCGGCGGUGUCACCCCGCCCGCGCAGCGUAGUCGCGCAAGGAGAGGGAGGCUGUCCGGCCGUCGGGUGAGGCCGGGGCUGGUGAGCCCAGCAGAGGGGGGGGGCGGAUAG